AUUUUGUAUACUGUUUUGCAGGUGGGAUAAGAAAACAAGAAAACGGUGUGACAAGCGUUUGGCGGACAAUUGUGUGUUUCUGCGAGUAACUCAUACAAUCCAAGGAGUGAUGGGGGGCACCAUCAACCUCUCUGAUUGAGAACUUAUUAGUCAUCCCUUUGGUUUAAUGAGACCUAUUGAAAAGACACCGUGGAACAUAUGGAUGAAUCAAAUAUUCCUGUGUUCAUUGAAUCUCUCCAGAAGAGUCUUACUUUUACAUGGGCAAGGAAAGGGGGUCGUGGCUUAACAUUAUAAAGGGUGACAUUACAUUAUGCUUCAUGGGUUUAUUUAGACUGAAUCUACGGUUUGACAAGCGGCUGUAAAGAAAAAACAAAAACAAAGCGAAACUCGGGAAGAGCAUUGUGGACCUACGAAUUUUAGCCUAUAUUUAUCACAUUUAUUUCUAUUCAUUGCUCUUUUUAAAAGUGGUACCACCUCUUCUCCUGAAAAUGAAACUUUGGACUUUUCCCUGGCUGCUUUGCCUGGUGAUACUCAUCUUAUGUUUUGGAUCAGAGUGCGGGACUGUCCGGGGAAAGGGGAGAUCCAAAAGAGACUUGGUGCGUAUCAGGGAGGCGAGAGCCACCUUUCCAGGGGCUUGUGCCACACGCCUGCCCCGGGGCAAACGCUCAUUGCCCGGCUUGGAACGACGUGUACCUCGCCAGCGCCGGCGCUCCUCCCAGGCGGAGGAGAACUCUCCAGGUCGGGGGAAAGCUGUUUAUUUUACCGGCAGGGGUGACCAACUUCGGCUUAAGCCGGGCGUGGAGAUACCGAGAGGGAAUUUUACGCUGGAGAUGUGGAUCAAACCAGAAGGAGGUCAACGAUCUCCUACGGUGAUUGCAGGUCUGUAUGAUAAGUGUUUCUAUGCCUCCAGCGACCGGGGCUGGCUGCUGGGCAUCCGGGCGGUCAGUGAGCAGGGCAACUGCGACCCACGCUUCUUCUUCUCCUUAAAGACGGACCGUGCCCACAAAGUCACCUCCAUCCACUCCAAUGGCCAAUACCUGCCCAACACCUGGGCCCACCUGGCAGUAACCUACGACGGCCUCUACAUGAAACUCUACGUCAACGGCGCCCAGGUGGGUGUUAGCCGGGAACAGUCGGGCAACGUCUUCAGCUAUCUAACCAAGAAGUGCAAGGUGCUGAUGGUGGGCGGGAACGCUCUGAACCAUAACUACCGUGGGGCUGUAGAGAGGGUAAAUCUGUGGAGGGAGGCCCGGGGACAGAGGCAGAUAAUCAGGGAUAUGCAGGGUCAUGAGGAUCCUCAAGAUGCGCCUCAGCUGGUGAUCCGGGAGACCUUUGAGCACCCUGCCAGAAAGUGGCUGACUGUGAAGGAUGGCAGCUUUCCCCAGCAAGAGGAGGGUAGCAGCAGCAGGGUGGGACAGGCUGAAGGGGUAGGAGGAAGUGGAAGUGGAGGGUCCUUGGAUACCACCCUGGAACCCCCAACCUGUGGUCAAACUAUCUGCGAUAACGUGGAAGUGGUGACCAAUUACAACCGCACCUGGACCUUCCGGAAACCCAAGACGAUACGAUACCGCGUGGUCAACGUGUGGGACGAUGCUGGGCGCAGGCCCACUGUCAUGCCUCAUCAGAUCCAACUGCAACACCAGGACCUCAACAAGGCCUUCGCUGUCUACAACAUCACCUGGGAGUUGAGCGUCCACAACGUCACCAACUCCUCCCUGCGCCACCGUCUGGUCCUGGCCAACUGUGACAUUAGCAAAGUGGGCGACGAGGCAUGUGACCCAGAGUGCAACCACACACUGACAGGCUUCGACGCAGGCGACUGUAAGAGGCACCGCAGCCGAUGCCCUGAGUACAAGCAGGGCAACGGGGUGUGCGACCCCGAGUGUAACUGGGACAACUUCUUCUACGACAACGGAGACUGCUGUAACCCCAAUGUGACGGAUGUGACCAAGACCUGCUUCAACCGCUCCUCUCCACACAGAGCCUAUUUGGAUGUAAAGGAGCUGAAAGAGAUCCUGAAUUUGGAUGGCUCCACUCACCUGAACGUCUUCUUUGCCAACUCGUCUGAUGAAGAUCUGGCCGGUGUCGCCACUUGGCCGUGGGACAAAGAAGCCCUAACACAUUUGGGUGGUAUUGUUUUGAACCCCUCCUUCUACGGCACAUUUGGUCACACCCACACCAUGAUCCAUGAGGUCGGCCACAGUCUCGGGCUGUACCACGUUUUCCGGGGGAUCUCUGAGAUUGAGUCGUGUAACGAUGCGUGUCUGGAGACUGAGCCCUCGUUGGAGACAGGAGAUCUGUGUGAAGACACUAACCCCACACCCAAGUACAAGUACUGCAGAGACCCUGAGCCUGGCAAUGACACCUGUGAGCGUCGCCACUUCACACACACACCGUACAACAACUACAUGAGCUAUGCAGAUGACGACUGUACAGACUCGUUCACCCCCAACCAAGUGGCCCGGAUGCACUGCUACCUGGACCUGAUCUACCAGACGUGGCAGUCCGCGUCCAAACCACCCCCUGUGCCCAUGGCGCCCCAAGUGGUGGGGCAGGAGCAUGACGCCAUUACCCUGGAGUGGUUCCCGCCUAUCUCCGGCCACUUCUACGACAGAGAAGUGGGAUCAGUGUGUGAUAAAUGCACAGAGGGUCGGGUCCUGCUGCAGUACGCAUCCAACUCCUCGUCCCCCCGACCCUGCGCCCCCUCUGGACACUGGAGCCCCCGCGAGGCCGAAGGACCUCCAGACGUGGAGCAGGCGUGUGAGCCCAGCGUGCGCACCUGGAGCCCCAACGCCGGCAUCGAGCAGGGGGCCGUGGGACUGUCCGAGUGCCCACUGCAGGGCUGCAUGCUCCAGCUAGAAUUCCCCCACCCGCUGGUGCCCGACUCCCUCACUGUAUGGGUCACCUUCUUCAGCCCUGAGGAGACGGCCUUUCCCGCCAUCCACAACAUCCUGCUCCUGACCGUGAAUGGAAACAACCUCUCGUUGGGCCCUAGUAACGUGUUCUGUGAUACGCCACUGACGCUGAAGCUGGACGUGGAGGAGGAGGUGUACGGUGUGCAGUUCUUCACCAUGGAGCAGCACCUGGAGAUUGAUGCUACCCUGCUGGCGUCUAAGCCCAACUGCCUGCUGUGCCGCCACUGCAAGCCGCUCCGCCACCGACUGCUGCGCCAGCCACCAUUCUCCCAUGCCCCCCACGGUGUGGUGUUGAACGAACCUACCAGGCGAUACACUGACAGGGAUGUGGUACCAAGCAGUGUGUACACCUACCAGGUCCAAACCAUCUCAGCCCGCAGUGAGAGUGAACCCUCCCCACCCCUCACCCACCAGCUUGGGGCACCAUACUGUGGAGACGGACGCAUCCAGAGGGCCCAGGGAGAGGAGUGUGAUGAUAUGAACUCCAUGAAUGGAGACGGCUGCUCCAGCCAGUGUAAGAAGGAGCCCUUCUUCAACUGUGUCGAGGAGCCCAGUAUGUGUUACUUCUAUGACGGGGACGGAGUGUGUGAGGACUUUGAGCGGGAGACCAGCGUGAGGGACUGUGGCCUGUAUACCCCCAGUGGCUUCUUGGACCAGUGGGCUACAGCCGUGCACGUGUCCCACCAGGAGAGUCUCUACUGCCCUGGCGAGGUGGCCGCCGGCUAUCCUGCUGUCACUAAGACAUGCCAGUCCAAGGUGUUUGACCUGUCUGAUGGGGUUUCCCAGUACGCCUGGUUCCCCUGCAGAGAGGCCCAGCAGUCCUCCUGGUACCCCCAGUACUGGCUCAAGGCCUACUUCUCCCACCCCAUGGUGGCUGCUGCUGUGAUAAUCCACCUAGCUGCAGACGGGACAGGCUACAUCGACCAGACACAGUGCAACAUCACCGUUCAACUGGUGGACACCAAGGAGGUCAUCCACAGCUUAGGUGAUUGGCGUCUGACCUGCAGGACCAACCCCCUGGUAAUCCCAGUGAGCCAUGACCUGAGCGUGGCCUUCUACCGCACCAAGGCCAUCCUGGUCCAGUUCCGCUCCCACCUGGUGGCCAUCUCUGGCGUGGGCCUGCGUUCCUUCCAGUUCUUUGACCCAAUCACCAUUAGCGGGUGCCAGAGCAACGAGAUCUACAACCCCAUGGGUCAAAGUUGUGUCCAUUACUCAUGUGAGGCCAUCGACUGCCAGGAGCCGCUGAUCCGCAAUGCAGAGCUCAAGUGCAGCAGUCUGGGCUUCUUCAACGGAGCUCGCUGCACCAUCACCUGUAACUCUGGCUACGUCCUGCAGGUCCACAGAGACGAUGACAUCAUCAAGACCCAGUCGGACUCAACAGUGACCAUCACCUGUGCAGAUGGAAAGUGGAAUAAGCAGGUGUCGUGUGAGCCCGUAGACUGUGGUCUACCAGACAAGUACCAUGUCCACCCAGCCAACUUUAACUUCCCUGAGGGAACUACCUAUGGCAGGAGGAGCACCUUCCAAUGCAGGGAGCCUGCUCAGCUCGUAGGUUCUAACAACACUCUGACGUGUCUGGAGGAUGGUCUGUGGUCAUUCCCUGAGGCACUGUGUGAGCUACGCUGUCCGGCCCCACCCCACGUGCCCAACGCCAUGCUGCAAACCAAGCGCUGCAACGACACGGGCCUCAAAGUGGGCUCCCUUUGCAAGUACAAGUGCAAGCCGGGCUACCACGUCACCAACAAGCCCAAGAGGCGAGCCUUUAAGCGUCAGUGCACAGAAGACGGCAGCUGGCUGGAGGGGGCGUGCGAGCCGGUGACCUGUGACCCUCCGCCUGCCAUCUUCCACGGCAUGUAUCAGUGCACGGAUGGCUUCCGCUUCGACAGCACCUGCUGGAUCAACUGCCCUGGAGCCAACCACACGGUGAGACCGCUGCACACCGCUCCAUGCAAGCAGGGGCCUAGCACCAAUGUGAUCCGCUGUAGGAAGGACGGCAAUUGGACUGGCUCCUUCAAGCUCUGUCCUCAGAGCAUGGGACAGUGCUCUCUACCUCAAAACCUCAACCCCAGCAUACGAGUCAGCUGCAAGAAGGGACAUGGAAUAGGUGAGGAGUGUGAGCUGAUGUGCAAGGACAGUAACAACGACGUGGUGAUCCUGCCUAGCAAUAUGACCGCAGACAGCGUACUCAAAGAGCACUGGAGAAACCCACCCAAAGUCAAGAAUGUAGUGUGUACAAUGGGACUGAAGUGGUAUCCACACCCAGAGGUGCUCCACUGCAUCAAAGGAUGUGAGCCCUUCAUGGGAGACAAUUACUGUGACUCGGUCAACAACAGAGCCUUCUGUAACUACGACGGAGGGGACUGCUGCCACUCCACCGUCAAGACCAAGAAGGUGAUCCCGUUCCCCAUGUCCUGUGACAUACGGGAAGACUGUGCCUGCCGAGACCCCAACGCUCCAGAGAAGAGGAAAGACGAGCACGUCCACUCCCUGGGGUGACCCUCCCUCCUCGCCCCCCACCGGAUUCCUGAACCCUCACCCUAAAACUACCCACACCCAGACCGAGGGAGACCAGCCCUCCCCCUUUUCCCUCAAAUCCUCCACAUGCUGCUUUACAGGAGUACCUCUCCACCCAUACUGCACCCCCCUAACAUACGCCUGUCUCCUCCUUCUCCACAUUGGGAAAGACCUAGAUGAACAGACCAGACUAGAGAGGCUAUAAUGGAAAACCCAUUUCUCAAAGAAAGGAACAAACCUGCAAAUUCACCAACCACCAAAAUUUUUUACAGCAAGAGAAAAAAAGAAAACAAAAAUACCGAAAGGUUUUUGAAUGAAGGAUAUGAAAAAUGAACAAAAAAAGCUAAACAAACCAAGCCUGGAUAGCAUGCCUUUUUUCAGUUUUGUGUCAGCUUCUGUGUCCAUUUCAAAGACAUUGCCGUACAAUCUCAUGAUUUCCUUUUAGACCAAAGGACAAAAGAGAAACGCUAUCCAUAUCAUGUGGAAUCUUUUAUUUUUUGGAUAUGUUGAAGUCAUCAACGGUGGCACUGAAUGACAGGCAGAAGAGCUAUUGCCAAAAUAACUUAUAGCAUGAACACACUUGAUGUACCCUCAUGUUGUAUUACUCCAGAGCUGGUGUGUGUUCCUGGAGCCAGCACAGCACAGGGAUCAGGCUGACAGUUUGUGCCCUCUGCCUUCUCUUGGUGGAAAUGCAUUUUCUUGUUCUUCAGAAAUCACAGGUUUAGAAUCUUUGCUCUUACACAGAUGUGAAAUAGGAAAGAAUAGGCGUUGAUGGGGAUAUAGGCGGCCAUAUUGGUAAAGAGAUUCUAACCAGAGAGGUCUAACUCAAUAUAUCUAACAUAUAACAGGAAAUUAAGACAUAUUACAAUGCCACAGGAACAAGUGAAUGUGGGAAAGAGGUAGAGUACUUAUGAACUUAAAAGCGGUUAUAUAGGGCUGCAACAAAAUGAACCAGUUGUGUCAGCGUGGCUGCUGCGUGUACGUUUGCUGCUACUUUGCCAUAUGACCAGCUCUGCAGAUUAUUACUACCCAGUGAGGUUGGACGGAGUCAGCCCCGUCUGCCGUACCACUUACCUCCUAACACCUUCCAUUAGUGGACACUUGUUUCUGCGUGUACAGUACACUCAACUUAAAACCUAGAAUUAAAAACUCCUGCAACAUUGCAAAGAGUUAGUAGGGAAACAAUGCAGUUGAAAUAGCCUCGAAAAACAUAACACCUCACGUUUCCAUUUCUCUGUCCUUAGUUUCUGCAGUCCAGUAAGUCUUCAUAGACAAAUAACCUAUCGGAGAAUACACCAGAAAUCUAUCCAAUCUUACACCAAAAGCAAUGUUGACGCAAUACAAAAUCCAACACAUAUUACUGAAUUUAAAAUGACUUCAAGAAUGUAAUUGAUAACACAGUUAUAACCUCUUGAAUGUAGUCCAUGUUUAUUCACAACUACACCCUCAAACUGUUUUCAGCAGCAUAGCAUAGCCUUGAUUUCAAUAGGCAUAGUUCAAUAGCACAUACACAUAAAAACAAAUAGGAGGCUUUCCUCAUUAUAGUAUAGAUGGCAUCUGGAUGUAUUCAUUGUCAACACGUAGCCUUCAGUGCAGGAGUAGUAGAAGUACACUAUAUUCCCAGGACACUAUUGUCUUGGCUUCUCUUGAGCCCAAUGGCUUGACAGACUGCUUGUGUUGAGUAGCCCAGUUUGGCCUUUUCUUACCUCUGCAGCAAUUCGUGCUGAAGGUGCCAUCCCUGGCACUUUGUCAGUAUUGUGACAUUUGAGCGUGUGUCCCCCAUCAACCACACAACCACCUUUACUUCAAUAGACGUAUGGCUGCUAUUCUGUGCUCUGAACUUACUCAUCUCCUUUCAUAGCCCUUGAACGAAACGCCCAUCAACAUAUGGUGAUGAAGGCUGCUUGGCAUAAGGUCCACAAGUUGCUGCUUCAUGAUUCAACCAUCGCUGGGCUAUCUGGUUAAAACUCUAUACAACCAAGAACUCCAUACCCCUCGUAAACUCUCUCAUCUGGUAUGGACCAAUGGAAUGGUCCCUCUGACUCAUCACCCUAGGCUGCUAUAAGGCAUUCCAGAAUAUUCCCGUACACCGUUCUGACCAAUCACAGGUCUUCAUAGAUACAGACUGGUUAGAGAGAUAAUAGGACAAUACCACGUCACAUAGGAAAGUAGGGAGGAAUUACAACGUCAAAUGUACAAUGUAACUAUAACAUUUUCAGUGUAAUACUGCUUUUUACGUGAGAAAAAAAACGUAAAAUUGUUCUCUUGUUUUAAUUUUUCUAAUUUCUAUUUUAUUUUUUACAAAAUGUUGUCUUAGUUAAUCAGUAUUUGUAUUAUUGACCUCAGUUACUGCACUUUUUAGUUGCCAUUUAAGAAGAAAAAUAUAUAAUUCAAACCGUUUAGAAGCUGCUAUUGUCAGAAAGGUGAUUUGAUAAAGUGUGUGAUGUUUUUGGUCAUUGGACUCCUACGAUAUUACUAUUAGCUUUCCUGUGAUUAGUGUCUUGUAUUCCCACUAGCUUUGCACCUGAUAUUAUCAUGCCCAGUAGGAAGCCAGUGACAAAUAUGAUUUGUACAUUCAUCGUAGACUUUCUCAGAUUUCGUACCAUUACCAUAUGAUAAAGAUAUUACUGUAUCAAGGCUAUUUAACCUGGGACUUUUUUGUUAAUGUAGGUUCAAAUGUCAAAAAGUCAGAUGUACACAUUUUGAAAUAUUAUACAUGAUAUGUAAGCAUUUACGUAUUUUGUGUUCCUCCUGGUUAGGGGACAAACAUUUUAUUUUCGCUCCAUGGUUUGUGUAAUCCACCAUCUUAUGUAUUUGUUGCAAAUUGUGUCAUGGUAACCAUGGAGCGUCAAGGAGAAUGGAUAACUAAAUGAAGAAACUACCAAAAAAAUGAACUCUCGAAAGUUGGAGAUCUUUCAGACUUUGAAAACCUGAGUAACGCAACUGUCUGGACACUACAUUCAUCAAAAAGCCUACAUCAGCCUCGACAAUUGUGCAUUUAACACUUUAUACGGUAUAUAUCCUUGGUAAAAAUGAACUGUAUUAUGUUGAUAUUAUCAAAUGGUAUGUAAUAAUACUCCCUAUACUGCUGCUUUCAUUAGAGAUAUUACCAGUAGGGAGAGAUUCAACAGCAUUCACUACACAAAGCCAACAGUACCAUGGAUCAUCAUCACCUGCUUACACUCACACAGGAUUUCUGAAAAGCCAUCCAUGGAAUUCCCCAAGGGUUAUCUUGCCAUUGGACCCUCCCUUCAUCCUCAAACUGGACAAACAUUACAGGCUGAUGACUAGUCAUCUUGUUCAUCACCCUUUCUUUCACUCAUCUACAGCUCCUCUCUUUGUCUUGUGUCGUCAUCCUCAUCGAUGUUAUUAAAAAGUCUGGAGACCAGAAACGGUGACUCUCGGAGAGAAGGAUAUGAGAGUGUCUACAGAAUGUGACUGCUUGUGUGUCAACCUGGACACAACCUGGACACGUUCGUUUUCUGAUGUGCUCUCUGUAUUGGACAAGGUACUGUUCCAAAGCCAUAAAGCCAGGAUGUUAUGAAAUGAAGUUUGAAUAUGAGAACAUCACCUCUACUGUAAGCCACCACAGGAUCUCUUCGCUGUACCUCAUGCCUGUAAUGUUUGCUGCUUCUAUAUUUUGGUAAAUUAGUCAUUUUUCUUCUCAUUUUUAGCAAUGGUGUAAAUAGUAAAACUAUUUAUUAAGAGUGUUAUACUUUUUUAAGUUAUAUUUAAUGUUCAUGUAAAUUAUUUUUUGCAUUGCUCUUAUAAACAGACAUAUUGGUUGUGAGUUAAAAACUGUUGUCAUUUUAUUUCUGUCCCAAUGUCGUCGUCAAAUAGCUUUGGUCAAGGUUGUUGUCUCAUUGGUUGUCUCAUUGGGCACUACUCUCGUCCAAUGAGGAUUUACCACAUGUUUAUGUAACUGAGUGCAGUGCACAAGUAUGUGUGUUUUUUUAUUUCUACAUUACAAAUCCAGAAUGUACUGUCAUUUUUAUUUUGUUCAUUUAUGAACUUUUCAAAUGUAAUCCGAUGUUUGCUCUGAAGAGAGAACCUAUAUCAUGUUGAAGUGGUUAGAUCCAUACUCAAUCAACUCUGAGGGCUACGGUGAGGACAGAAUAUACACAGCCAUUCAGAACAACCAGUGGUAGGCAGACAGGGAGCUGCAGAGGAUGAGGAGGGGGGAGGAGUAAUCAGGCAGCCGGUUGUGCCCCAGGUGGGGUGAGGGAGAGGGUGUAGAGCAGGGGAUAGAAUGGGAUGGGUGAAGGUGGGCUGCUUUUCCUGGCGGCCAGGGUAUUUGUCCAGGUGUGAAAACUGUGUACACACAGAGCUGCCCCUGGGCCAGCGCUGACUGGCAGCAGGCCGAGGCCGAUGAGUCAGACUUUCUCCUGGAGGUGGCGGGUGUUCUCUGAGGGACUCCCCUCCUGACACGCCGGGCCAUCCGUCACUGUCACGGUCAUGUGGCGGUGGUAAGGUGGGCUGCAUGGAAGACCAGGGAGGAGGGAGGAUAGGAAGACUACCUAAGAUAUGAGCCCUACUGCAGCAGGCUGAGGGACAUGCCCUUCCCUUCACUCUCAGACCAGAGGAGUAUUUGAAAUGCAUGGCAGAGUCCGCUUCAAUGUCUUUCCAUAGACUACUUCAUAUAGUCCAUCUUAUUGUGGAUGGGAGGUGAUUCUCUCAAAUCCAAACUAGCUACAUACCAGCCAUGCGUAGCCUGGGUUUUGGUUAAAAACAGUUGGGUUUCUGUGGCGUUACCUUGCUCUGCUAAAAGUGGUAUCCUUUCAGUCCCUGUGGCAUCCCACCAUAACCCAUGGGAAGCAAUGGAGACAGUGGUAGCCUAGAGGUGGCUGGCUGUAGCCCUUGAGUUUGUGGACAGACAGUUGUGGAGAACACACUGAUGUGCCAUGAUGUUCUUAUUGUUGUUUUCUAAACUUCACUCAUCAAGUACCUUUCACAGGCUCCUGGUUAAAGAAUGGUCCACUUGUGUUUGUUUCUCAUUCCCACAUUCAGUAAUAAAAAAUGAAUGGUCCUUUUUAUGUGGGAAAGUAUCAAAUUGAGUAUAUACAUAUUAUGUGGAUAUGUAGUGGUAUUAUUGCAAUGUUUCGUACCCGAUUGUUCAGCAAAAAUAUUUUAAGAUGUAAAUACUUUUAUUCUAUGAUGAUUGUAUUUGCAAAACCAUGUAUUAUCUGUUUGGGGUAGCUCUUGGAUUUAUAUCAGAGACAAUUUAAGGAAGAUACAUUGUGCAAUGUGUACCAUUGAAGUACCACCGGAAAGAAAAGAAAUACGCAGUGGUUGCGGAUCCAACUUUUCUGGACCUUUCUUCCUGAGCUCUAAAGUUCCCUAAGCUUCUGCGCAUGUGCAGGAUUUACUACUUCCCACAGUUUCCGCUUUACUCGUAGACAGCAGGCUACUCUCAUUUGAUAAAGUUAAACAAAGCUGAAUCAAUGUCUGCAAGAUCACAUAAUGAUAGUAUUCAACAGAACCGAAUAUAAUAGCAUAGUAUAACAUUACACUGUAAGACAAAAAAAAAAAAACGUAUUUCUUUAUUUCUUUAACACAUUUUUGUUGUCUCCAGCCUUUCAUAUUUCUCACUGUCAAUAUUUAACAAUACGUUUUACUGGAGAAACAUCCAUACAGUAUCUGCAAACCAAACAUUUGAUCUCAAUCCGUUUCAUGGGGAUAUGCGUUUAGAUCUUGAGUUAUACAGUGUUGGAAGUAGCCUACAGUGUUUUGAAUGAUGUACAGUGAGUGAAUGUUAGAGCAGAUGGAGUUAACACACUGUAGCAUAGCCUACCUGUGUAUUUUGCCUAGUGGCGUGCCCUGUUUUGUUUUGGACCCAUGAGAGAAACAUGCGACCAUUCACACAAUCAUCCUAAAAUUUCAUAAGAUAUUUAGUGGUUUUGUCUUACAGUAACGUUAUAAGCCUACAUCCUAUUCAAUUUGGUUCUGUUCUAUAAAUAGUCUCAUUAUGCGAUUUUGCAGACAACUUUAAUCUAACUUUAUUAAACAAGCACCAUUCUCGAGAGUAGCCUAUUCUCUACGAGUAGAGCAGAGACUGCUGAGUAAAUGAGAGAAUCCUGUACAUGCGCAGAAGCUUCAGGACCGUUAGAGCUCGGAAAGAAAGGUCAAGAAAAGUCGGAUCCGCAGCCAUUCUGGGGAAAAAAUACAAUACCCAUAAUGCUUCACAACACUUGUCAGCAGUUAUUCAUUCAUAAAGGCUCUACACAAACACUGUUGUCAAUUGUCUAUAAAACAGUCUUAUAUGAAAUCAAACUUAAUUUAUUUGUUGUCAAGAUGAAUAAAGCAUCAUGUGGUCAGUU